AUGCUUAACAAAAUACCGCUAGAGAUCUUGGAGCACAUACUCUCCUCCCUGGAGCGCGAGGACCUGCAGGCUGUUCGCCUCGUGAACUGGGCCUUGUCGAGCAAAGUCGGACCUGCCUUGUUCCGAACCCUCUACGUUUCAUGCCUCACCUUAGAUCGCCUCCAGCACAUCGCUCGUCACCCUACGCUCUGCCUUGCCGUGGAGGAACUUCGGUACCAGGAGCUCAAUUUUGACCUCAUUGUCGAUGAAGAACGGUCCUGGGAGGUCCUCGAUGGGCCAACAUGGAGGGAUGAACGGAUGGAUUACUUGGAGAUAACGAUUUGUCAGUUCAUUACUGCCUUGCAAUCGGACAGAGAACACUUAUUAGGGGACUCAAGAGCGUCAGAUCUGACAGACGAUGAAGGAGAUACAACGAUGGUUGAUGCAGAACAAUGGAAGCCGGAUAGAAGAGAGGUUCGCGCAAUGGUGGUUGCGGUGAAGGAGUUGUACGCCGAAAAGGCUCGCCUACAGAGUCCCCUUCACCUGUAUGGAGUCUUCCGCGAAGCAUUGCCGCGCCUCCUAAACCUGCGUCGAGUCGUGUGCGUCGAAGCCGAAGCAGGUUGCAUCGCGAUGGAUUCUGCGCGAAUAGAGCGAACCGGAGCUUUUGACCGACUGAGGAAUGUCUUACCCCUGAGCGACCAUCACCUCCGCUCAACUCUCCAGCGGGACACGCUGGCCUGGCCAUCGCACGGGUUCAUGGGUAUCUGGCGCGCCUUGAGUGAUCAGGACUCCAACCCUGGGAUACGACACCUUGAAGUCCGACGAAACAGCGACCUCUUUCUGAAGCACGGCAUACACCUCAAUGCACCGGACUUGGACUCGCACGGCCCUGCGCUUGUGCACGGGUUCCGAAACCUUAUGGUGCUGAGUCUCUGCCUCGAAGUGAACGCCAGGGCCUCGUCGGACAUGGUCCCAAACGCUGCCAUCCUGUCCGAAGCUCUCAGACACGCCACGAACUUGAGGCGACUGGAAAUCUGCCUGACGUCCUGCGCUGCGAUGCCACCCCAUAGCUGGAUGGUCCUUCGCAGCCACAGGGGCGUCCCCUUUGGCGACGCAGCCGUCAGGCAACCAAACAUUCUGCCUUUUGUCUCCUUCCCGGAUCUCCACACGGUGGUCUUCGAGGAGGCCGAUUUCACGAGUGACCAGAUCUGCGCUUGGCUGUUCAUGCAACCCAAGCUGAGACACCUGACUUUGAGAAGACCGUACCUGCAGGGCCGCUGGCAGAAUGUGAUCCAGAGGUGGUCGGACGCGCCAGAAUUUGUGCUCGACUCGUUCGAGCUGCUCAGCCCGUGGGACUAUGACAAUCGAGACCUUGAAGAGAACCCGCCACACCCGGACAUGGUGCAAGUGCCCUCGCGCGUUCGAAGCGAUGCUCUUCUUGAAUUCAUCAACCGGGGUGGUGAAUUGAAUCCCUUCGAAGUCCGGACGUGGAGGCCGUUUCAUGCGGCAGGGGAGAGAGAGAAUGAUGCUGCGAAUGAUGAGACUGAGACGGAUGAGAAUGAUGAGACUGGUGAGAGUGAGGAGACUGAGGAGACUGGUGAGAGUGAGGAGACUGAGGAGACUGGUGAGAAUGAUGACGAUGAUGACGCCCAGGACGAGGAAGACAAUCUCUCAGAAUACUCAGAUCUCUCCGAAUGGGUGCCCGAGGAUCAUCCAACGCCCGUUGAGGAUCCGGAUGGGCCUGAAUUCGACGAAGACUAUGAUUUCGACGCCGAACCAGACAGCGACAUCGAAUUGGAGGGAGGACCGUCGGGCCUGAGGCAAGAAGAAGUCAUGCAGGAUCUAGCGUACAUUGUUUACGGAUAUUAG